GAUGGUCUGAGUGGGGGAUGUCUUUCAUUUUCCAAGCGAGCCCUUUCCGACAACUUCCCUCAGCACUGCACACUUUCCGACUACUCCUGUCAGCGAGCCCUUUCCGACAACUUCCUCCCCCCCCCCCCAACCCCAAGCAAGCAACAACAGUGAAGAUGCUCGGUGACGAGACCAGGACUGUGACCGAGGGCCUUGCUGAGCUCAAGAUCCGCGCCAAGGAGGCUCUGCAGAACGACGAGUGCGUCGAGCUGACGGACGAGGAGAUUGCCGCCGAGCCCCUGCUGCGGGAGAACCCGAGCCGCUUUGUCAUCCUGCCCAUUCAGCACCGCCAGGUGUGGUCCAUGUACAAGAAGGCCGUCGCCUCCUUCUGGACCGCGGAGGAGGUUGACCUGUCGCGCGACCUCGACCACUGGCGCGGCCUCAAGGACACGGAGCAGCACUUUAUCAAGCACGUCCUCGCCUUCUUCGCCGCCAGCGACGGCAUUGUGAACGAGAACCUCGUCGAGCGCUUCAUGUGCGAGGUGCAGCUGCCAGAGGCGCGCUGCUUCUACGGCUUCCAGAUUAUGAUUGAGAACAUCCACUCUGAGAUGUACUCGCUGCUCAUCGACACGUACAUCAACGACCCGCAGGAGAAGCACAUGCUCUUCAACGCCGUUGAGACGCUGCCCGCCGUCAAGCGCAAGGCCGAGUGGGCCAUGCGCUGGAUCGACCACAAGCGGGCCUCCUUUGCGGAGCGCGUCGUCGCCUUUGCCGCUGUCGAGGGCAUCUUCUUCAGCGGGUCGUUCGCCGCCAUCUUCUGGCUCAAGAAGCGCGGCCUCAUGCCCGGCCUGACGCAGUCCAACGAGCUCAUCAGCCGCGACGAGGGCCUGCACUGCGACUUUGCCUGCCUCAUGUUCUCCAUGCUGCACAAGAAGCCGCCCAAGGAGCGCGUCAUUGGCAUCAUCAUGGACGCCGUCGAGAUUGAGCAGGAGUUUUUGACCGAGGCGCUGCCCGUCUCCCUCCUCGGCAUGAACUCCACUCUCAUGCGCGAGUACAUUGAGUUUGUCUCCGACCGCCUCCUCGUCAGCCUCGGCUACGACAAGGUCUACAACGCCACCAACCCCUUCCCCUUUAUGGAGAACAUUUCCAUCGAGGGCAAGACCAACUUCUUUGAGCGCCGCGUGAGCGAGUACCAGAAGAGCGGUGUCAUGGCUGCCGAGAAGAAGGAGCACUCCCACCAGCUUGUCUUUGAUGCCGACUUUUAAGCGACUCCAUACAACACUGUUGGUGUGUGGUUGUGUGUGAGAGCGAGAGAGAGAGAGCGUGUGUGUGUUGUUCACUUGCAUGCAUGCUCUGGGUUGUGUGUGUUUGCGCAGAGGCACAGCGCUUGUUCGUUGUUGAUGCGCCAUCUGCGGCAUCGCCAUGACCAACUGCAUGAAUGCUCAGCUGCGCACACGCGCGCACCUCGCUCCGUUGUGCAAUCUUCCUUCUGUCGUCCCUCCACCCCCACCCUUGUCCUUCUCCCUUCUCUUCCUGCUUGCUUAUCCUUGGUCGAACAGAAGUUCAUUGCUUUUUCGCUCAGCUUCUUAAUCGGCAAACCCCCUUUGUUGUAUAUAUGACACAACUGUGUGUUUGAAAUGACUCCAGGUGCCAUUGCUGCACACCAUCUGUCAGUAAACUGGCCAGACACGAA